AUGAAUAAUAGCAAAAACAAUACUGCUAGCGGUAGGAACGUUAUAAAUAAUGGUUAUUCGUCUAGAAGAAGCACUCUAGAGACGCCGAGAUCGCCAUCUAGGUCUACUCGAAAUUUGGAACCGCCCCACUUGAACGAUGGGGGGGGAUUACCAUCGACAUCACCAAGGCGAAGAAACCAAAAGUCGAUAUUUAGCGAUCGGUAUAUCCCGAAUCGUACGGGGAUUGAUUUGCAGGCUGCGUUCAGUUUGUCAAACCAGGAAAUUUUGCCCGAGAUCAAGAAUAGACACGAUAGAAUAGACAAUGAGAUUGAAAUAAGAAAAGAGGAAGAGGCAAACCAGACAUUUUCGACAAUAUUGAAGGCGGAACUAUUUGGUGAUAAUGUACCCAUGGCCACGGCCAAUUUGAGCAAAAAUGCAAAGGUGUCAAAUAGCAGGCCGAAUAGCACGGGCAAUCUUAAUUCCACAGCAUCCUCAUCUUCGUUACAUUCGAUUCGAUCUUCGGGAAUGGCUGACAACGCUAGCACUGGUGGUGACGACGGUACUACAGGUAAUACCAGAAUCACCCCACCACGGUCUACAAGAAAUAAUGCCAGCAACAACUCCCUUACUUCUGGCUCGGUAAAUACCACGAACCAUGAUUCCAACAGCAUCACGAACACCCCUAGACAAACGGCAAACUUAUUUACAUACCAAUCCCCCAAAAAGAAUAGGCCAGUAUCUAGGGACCUACAGAACGAGCUUUACUCGUUAUCUCCUGUAAGACAAGAAUCCCAAAAACUUUUACUAUCGCCGCAGAAAAAACCCAGAAAUAUAUCAAAAGUUCCCUACAGAGUGCUUGAUGCACCAGAGUUAUCGGACGACUUCUACCUCAAUCUCGUCGACUGGGGUCAGCAGGACAUUUUGGCCGUGGGGCUUGGUGACAGUGUGUACCUCUGGGAUGGAAGCACGCAAUCGGUCGACAGAUUGUGUAAUUUAUCGAACAAAGAUAAGGUUACUAGUAUAAACUGGAUUGGCUCUGGAACCCAUUUGGCAGUAGGGACACUGAAGGGUUUGGUCGAAAUCUGGGACGCUACCAAAAUAAAGUGUGUCAGAACAAUGUCGGGCCAUAGUUUGCGAGUAAGCUCAUUGGCAUGGAACGAACACAUUCUCUCGAGUGGAUCGAGAGAUCGAAGCAUCCUCAACAGAGACGUCAGAAUCGAGAGCCACUACGUCAACAAGUUCGAAGCUCACAAACAAGAGGUCUGCGGCUUGAAGUGGAACGUCGAAGAAAACAAGUUGGCCAGCGGUGGUAACGACAAUAAACUAUUUAUUUGGGACGCAUUGAACACUAAGCCAUUAUAUCAGUUCAACGACCACACCGCCGCAGUCAAGGCAAUUUCUUGGUCUCCUCACCAAAGAGGUGUCUUAGCAUCUGGCGGGGGAACCGCCGACAAAACAAUCAAAACCUGGAACACCCUCACUGGCUCGUUGACGAAUAAUGUCAACACCGGAUCGCAAGUCUGCAACCUAAUCUGGUCCAAAAAUUCAAACGAAUUAGUCUCCACUCAUGGAUUCUCCAGAAACCAAAUCAUUGUCUGGAAAUAUCCCUCCAUGCAGCAAAUAGCUCAAUUAACCGGUCAUACAUACAGAGUAUUGUACUUGUCAUUAUCGCCAGAUGGGGAAACGAUUGUUACCGGUGCUGGAGAUGAGACCUUAAGGUUUUGGAACGUUUUUGACAAAAAUAAGAAUGAUGAGCCACCCUCAUCUGUCUUAUUGGAUGCAUUCCUGCAACUCCGCUAG